GGUGCGGAAGGACGAAUGUUUUGUGGUUGUCUGGUUUGUGCAGGUUCAUAUUUAAAGGAGGCAGCAAUGAGACAUUAAAACAUCAAAGAAGAAGAAGUUUGUGGAUCAAAGUCAUGAAAGAAACACACUUUGAAGAAGCUGCUUUAAGGUGAAGCUAAAGGUUAAAAACAACAACAAGCAGAAAACAGCAACAAGAAUGUCUUCUCGCGAGUUUCUGAGGCGUCUCUCUGAAGAGGAGCGAGAGUUGUAUGAAAACAAAGUAGCAGCUGCAGAGUUUUACCGACUCAACAGAAUCCCCGAGGAGAUCGAGAAAGUUCUGAAUCAGCUGUUCCUGCUGCAGCCCGCAGACAUUCAUGGAUACAUGGCAAAUUACUUUGCAAACCUCUCUGCUCCACCAAGGAUCAACAGGCUGAAGGGCUGGGAGGUUUAUGAUACCAGAGGACAACUGUCCGUUGAGGUGGAGGUCUUCUGCAUCAUCCAAAACAAAGAACAGAGCAUGUGCUCAGCUUCUGUCUCGAGCUGCUUUGGGCUAAAGGAGACUUCAGAGGACUGGAGAGCAAAGGCUGACCACGUGAUGACUGCUGUUCAGUGGAUCAAGGAACCUCUGAACUGCAUGCUGAAGGACCAGAACCCCUGUGACCAGUCACAAGUGGACCAGACACUCAGCAAUUUCAUCAAAGCACGCUACCAGGAGGAGGAGGACAGACAGAAGAAGAAGAAGAAAGAGGAGGAGGAGGAGAAGGAGGAGUGUGGUUCAGCCAGCAGCUCAGAGGUGCUGUUUCCUCCUUCACCACCUGCUGCACCAGCUAAAGACAAAAAGAGUGCUGACAAGGGUAAAAAGAGCAGUGUUGUAGAGAAGCCGUUGCCUCCAGCUGAACCACCGGAGCCAGUUCUUCCUGGGAGUUUGGCCAUCGGGUCACUUUCUCUGGCUGUUGCCAAAACUGGGGCCAAAAUAAAAGACGUCCCUCUCUACAGAUAUAUAGCAGCUCUGAGGGAGCCAGAGUCUCCAGCUCAGUUUCACAUCCCCACCUGCUUGGUGACUCUGCUGAGCUGUGGGAAGACGUCUCCUGGAAAACUGAGUUUAAUGGAGGAAGUCAUUCUGAUUCCAAAAGUGGGACAACGAGUCAAACAGAUCAUCACAAUGACCUCUGAGUUGCAGAAGGAGAUGAUGAGAAUAAUGAACACUUCAACUAAAGCCGGGGCCGCUCACGUUGCUCUGCAUGAGAGUGGAGCACCGGCUGUGAGCUUCGAGAGACCCGAGCAGCCUCUGGAGCUCAUCGCUGAAGCCUGUGCUAACCUUGGACUGGAGCUGGGUAAAGACUUCCAUUUAGCAGUGAACUGCGCUGCUCGUCACCUCGUGGACUAUUCUAAAGGGAAGUAUGAAGUGUCAGCAGGAGUUUUAAAGUCUCCAGAUGAAUUAGUGGACAUGUACCACACGCUCAUCAGCAAAAACCCAGCUGUGGUGGCUUUAAUCGACCCCAUCAGGAAAGAGGACAAAGAUCAGUGGGAGAAGCUGAGAAACGUCAUAGGAAACACGUGUUCACUGCUCUGCGACACCACGUAUGAGUCAAAGGCUCCGCCCCCUCCUGGAGUCACAGGGCACAUAUUAAAACACGUCCACGACAUAACAGUCAGCGACUUGGUCCGCAUCACUUCAGAGCGCCGAGGUUCAGUGUUGAUGGGACCAGCGCGCUGUGAGCCCUGCAGCAGCAGCAGCAGCAGCAGCAGCAGCAGCAGCAGCACUGACUCUCUGUCAGACAUAGCUGUGGGUUUGGGGCUGGACUAUGUCAAACUGGGAGGUCUGAGUGGCGCUGAGAGGAUGACUAAAUACAACCGGCUCAUUUCUAUAGAAGAGGAACUGGCCCAACAAGGAAUCCUGGUCUCCAAACAGAAGCACUCCCCUCCACUGCUGCUUGAAAAACUAAAAAAGCAGCAGCAGCAGCAGCAGCAGCAGCCUACAGAGCAGCAGCAGCAGCAGUCUACAGAGCAGCAGCAGCAGCAGAAGAGAGAGCAGUGACGAGGCCUGAGAGGAAAACACAGCCUCUCUCCAGCUUGUGUUUCCACUAUUCCUCUAUUCAAAGGUCCAGGACAUUUAACAUUACAAUACUUUGUAUAAGUGUGUAAUUGCUUUAAGUGUCAAACUUAUGGACCAUGGACCACAUGCCACUUAAUAACAUGUUAUUAUAAAACUCAUGUAAUACUUCAAUUAUACUACAUUAUUUUUGCUAGCAAUACUUUUAGAAUAAUAAUUACUGCAUUAUUAAAUGUAAAAUGUAAAAAUCAACAUGGGACUGAACACUGAUUGAACAGGUCAGCGGAGUUAAACAGAGUUAAACGGGGUUAAAUGGAGUUAAACUGAGUUAAACAGGGUUAAACUGAGUUAAACAGGGUUAAACUGAGUUAAACAGAGUUAAACAGGGUUAAACUGGGUUAAACAGAGUUAAACGGGGUUAAAUUGAGUUAAACUGAGUUAAACAGGGUUAAACUGAGUUAAACAGAGUUAAACUGAGUUAAACAGGGUUAAACUGAGUUAAACAGAGUUAAACUGAGUUAAACAGAGUUAAACGGGGUUAAAUGGAGUUAAAAUGAGUUAAACAGGGUUAAACUGAGUAAAACAGAGUUAAACAGGGUUAAACUGAGUUAAACAGAGUUAAACUGAGUUAAACAGGGUUAAACUGAGUUAAACAGAGUUAAACUGAGUUAAACAGAGUUAAACUGAGUUAAACUGAGUUAAACAGAGUUAAACUGAGUUAAACAGAGUUAAACUGAGUUAAACAGAGUUAAACAGGGUUAAACAGAAUUCAAAAAACAUGUUGUUGUGGUGACGGAUGAAGACAAAGUCACAACAACACAAAGAAAGUGGGCGUGGUUAAAUACAUUGAGGAAACAGCAGUGAUGAACAACAGUUUAAAGUGAAACAGGUUAGCAUGAUCCCGUGAUCCCAUUAUUCCAGUGAGCGGAAAAGUAAAGUGCACGAAGACGGGACAAGAAAACUUCAAAAUAAGAGGGAUUUUCACAAUAAAAUGACAUGGACAAACGGAGCAUGGCAGGGAUGUUAGAAUAGGCUUGAUCAAGUGAUAUUACUUAGAGUCAGCAACAGCAGAUAUGAGGAAAUUAUUAUUUCACUUUCAACAUAAGAAUAUUGGAUUCUGUGCCAUGUUCACACACUGAGGAAAAUAUUAAAUUACAGAGACAGACAGACAGACAGACACAGAGACAGAGAGAGAGACAGACAGACAGGCAGAGGAAAACAAGCACUUUUGCAUCUAUUGGACGAUUCUGAAAGUAUGUGUGUGUGUGUGUGUGUGUGUGUGU